AUGGAUAAUCGUUUGGAAAAAAAUGUAAACAAAUUAAUUGAGCGCUACAAGAAAACAAGUUUAUAAAUAGAUUAAAUGAUAUAACCAGAGUCAUAAAAUUCUCCACCUAUUAUGGUUUAUCAUACUAGGUCAAGAUAAAGCAAAGCAAAUAUAAAUGAUGAGUAAUUAAUAGAUUCUUAAAAGAUUUUAGAGAAAGCUCAUCUAGAGAAAAGAAAAAUCAUUCAAUUGAACAAAUUAGUAGAUUAAGAGAAACUCUAUAUGCUAAAGAGAAUUAAGAUAAAGAAAAAUAGGAAAGAUUAUUGAUAUUAAAUAAAGAAUUGAAAGUACUGUUAUAAUUUGAAAAUUAGAUGACUUUAAAAGAUUAUAUUUAAGCAAAUAAAGAAUUAGAGGGAAAGUUAUGUUAAAGAGAGCGAAAUAUCAAAUAACUAGAAUUUGAAUUAAAAUCUCUUUAAGAUUCCUUAACAAAGGUAGAUAGUAAUUAAAAAGAUCUUCGAUUAAAGUGUGAAAGUUAAGAUAAAAUAAUUGAAGAAUUAAAAUAAUAACUUCAUGUUUCCCGCUAACAAUUUCAAUCAAAAAAAGAGAAAAUUUAACUAUUAAAGAAAUAGAUUAAAUAAUUAGAAUAAUAAUAUGAAGAGCAGGGUUUAAAUUUUAGUAAGGAAUUAGAACGUGUUUAAAAACUAUGCGAAGAAUUUUCUGCUGAAAUGUAUCUGUUAAAUUAUUAUUAAAUAGUAAAAAUUAAGAAGAACAAAAUAAAUACUUGGAAGAUGAAAAAAGAUAACUUAAAAAUGAAACUAUCUCAAAGGAUGAUUAAAUUAGAUAUUUUGAUUAGUUAGUUUAAGAUAUAAGAUUUAGAGAUGAAGAUAAUUAAAAGUAAAUAGAGUACUUAUCUAAAUAAUUAAAAUAUUAAAAAGAUUAAACACAAUAGUAUAUAAAUAAAUAUGAAGAAUCUUAGACAUAUUUAAAUAAGCUUUAAUUAAAUUAAUAAAAUCUUGCCAUGAAUUUUGAAUAAGAAAUUAUUAAAAUUAAUAAUUAAAAUAAAGAUCUCUUUGAUAAAAAAAAAUUGAAAAUUAAUGAAUAUAGAAUAAAAGUAGAAUAAUUAUAAAUUAAAAAUAAUGAACUUCAAAAAUAAUUGGAUAACUCAGAUAAAAAAUGUUAAAUAUAAGAAUAUGAAUUAUAAAAAAUGUCUCAAAUUUCAUAAGAAUUAAAAUCACUUAAUGAUCAAAACAAUCGUAAAUUAAGUUUGAAUGAAUAGAAAAUUAAUUAACUACUCUAAGAAAAUUCAGAGCAAAAAUAAAUUAAUUUUAAUCAAAAGAAUUUAAUUACAGACUUUGAAUAAAAAGCUCAAUAACAACGAAUUAAUAUACAAUAGGUAUAAUCUAAUCAUUCUAAUGUAGCUAACUGAACAAAAUUAAAAUCUUUCUGAUUCUCUUUUUUAAAUAUAAAAAUAUACUAAAAAUUUAGAAUUUGAAUAUCAGGAAGAAAAAUAAUAAAAGGAAAUAUAAAUGGAUGAGAUUGAAUAAAAAAUUGAUUCUUUAUUUGAACAAUUAUAAUUCACAAAAGAUGAAUUAAAAGAUACUAAAUAAAAAGAAUAAGAUUUAAAAACUAAAUUAAAAUAAUAGGAAGUUGAGAUUGAAAAUUAAGUUUAAAAAGCAUUGAAGUAUAAAUAAUAAACAGAUGUUCUUAAAUAAACCAUUAAAAAUGUAUUCUUAUUUUAAUUUUAAAGUUAGAAGAUAAAUUUAAGAUUUGUGAUUCUCAAACAUAAAAUGUGUAAAUUUAAUAAUAAAAAUACGAAGAAUAAUAAAAUUAAUAAAAAUUAAAAGUUUUAGAAGAUAUUUAAUCAUUAAUCAAAUUACACCGGAAAAUAUGA